AGGUAGAUCCAGCAGAAAAACGAAGAAGAUAUUUUCACGUUGUGUAGCAACUAUAGAAUUAUCUCUAGACCUAAUCCAACGAAUUAAAGCUCAUCCAAAUGAAGAUUAUACGGACAAAAAUACACGGUUCAUCUUGAGAAAAAGAAGAUGAUUCAUGCGGAGCAACUCUAUUCACGGUGUAAUCAAAAGCUUGUCAACCGAACUUGCCUGUUCAUCGAGUUCAAUUUACAUCGUACGUAUCCAUAUGUGCGGAGCAAAGCAGAAAAUAGAGGAUUGGACGAGAUAUAUUAAAGCCAUCGAGGUCGAAAUUCGUAAGAACUUCAUGAUUUUAUCCAACCACUUUCUAAGCAAGUUACGAAAUGAUGCGUUUUACUAUCGAAGCGAAGAUUGGAAACGCGAUUGCACGGACUUUUGCUUCCCCAAACGGGAUCCUUGUCCCCGGAAGACAUCGAAACGAUCCACGGAUAUCCAGAUUUUCGAAACUUUUCUAUGCAAUCUCCAGAGUGUCGAUAACCCAAACAGCGUGUUUUAUCUAGAUCGCAACUGUGGUGGUAGCGGAGUUAAUGGACUAUGGUUAAAAACGUAUUCGUUUUCAGCAGCGUCAUUACAAUGUUUUGUUAUCGUCGAAACUUCGAUAAAUGACGGAGUUUCUUGCGCGCAAACUACAGCCUGGCAUUCGCGGCUCAUCAGAUCGGAUAAAAUUGCAAGUACCGUAAAGAAAAUCAGUGGAAAUGAUCAUGCUGUAAUAUAUAUCGUGAAUCCAGAAUGAUCUUUCGCCCAGUUGUGUCACCUGUCCUUAGACAUCCUGUACAGAGGGAAAGCCCACAGCAUUAGAAGCUUUUCGGAGGAUCGUGGUGAUCCGCGGUCGCACAGACAUUAAAAUGUAAAGUAAGCCUCGGCGGCGAGAAACGAGCUUCGCCCUGCACAGCACCUGCAGAUAACGACGCCCUAUCACGGAGCCAGAAAAACUUAUCGACCUCGGAUGCUGCGACGUCCUGUGUGCUUAACCCGUUUCGGAAUUAUACAAAUUGCGAGCACAUUAGCAUACGAACCGAUGGAGACGACGCGGCGCAAUGUGGUGAACUAUACCGGAGACGUGGAAUAAAACUAAAAAACCGAACUAUAGAUCUCAGAAAAUGAAUAUUUGUACUCUAUGGUUUAUGUCGCUAGCGACAAGAAAUGGCGAGCGCGAUGUUAGAUGAAAAUGUAUGUUAAAAUUUUUAGGAUUCAUGGUAACGCGGUACGAAGGGAAAAAAGAACAGAGAGAAACGAGCGGACGACGAAAAUGAUGGUUGCCGCUGUAAAAAGACUUGGAAAAGAUACGACUACAUGCAUGAGAAUAUUUAAAGAAGAAUUAAGUAAAUCUGGAGAAUUAUUAAGGUAUUAUUGAAAUUAUUAUUGAAGAAUUUUUAUCAGACCAGGAUCCUCUCGCAUAAAAAUUUGUCAACUAAUAAUAUCGAUGAAUCACAGGUUACAGACUUUUCUUUCGUAGGUUUACAUCAAAGAGAAUAAUCAGGUGAUUUAUCAUUUGUAAGAUUUUUAUUUUUGUAAGUACUGUGUGUAAUUUGCGUAUACAAAUAAAAACCUUAUUUAUUAUAUUUGGAUUGUAAUACGCGAAUAUUGCAAGAAUGACCAAUAUUACAAGAGGAAUUAAGGACCUAGCAGAAUAUUCGAAAAUUUUCCGGUAUUCAUUAACGUGAAUGCUCGGUCGAUAUAAAUGAAUCGCACAGAUGAAUCCAUUCAGAGUAAAUGCGGAUUUUCUGCUUGAAUGUUAACUAUUCAUUUAGAUUUCGCUGUUCAUAUUUCUUUCAUAUUUCUGUGCUUCCUUUCGUAUAAAACUGGAAGAAAAAUUAUCAACCUGAUAUUUUAAUAAUUCGUAUUCGAUUGACACGCGACAAGCUCUACGUGAACUAAUUAAUUACUGUAAACGCUGCGUAACUUUGAGAAAUAAUUAAAUAAGAUCUGCCAUA